CCUACCAUUCACCGGAACCGGAAGUGCUAGUGGGGAAAAAAUGCUAGCCUAGCAACGGGACCUGCCCAUGGGUGCUUGUCACUGAGUAGAUGUUUUUUAUGCAAAUAGGUCACUUGAAGGUUUUGCAGCCUGUCUGAGUCUGAGAAGAUGAGAGCGCUCUCCAAGCCUUUCCUGAGCUGUCUGAUCUGUCUGGCUGUGGUCCUGCUUGUUUUGGGAAAUGCAUCAGCUUCCGAGUUCAAUCCGUACACGGUGCUCGGAGUGUCUCGACACGCCAGUCAGGCUGAAAUCAGGAAAGCGUACAAGCAGCUCGUUAAGGAGUGGCAUCCGGACAAGAACAAAGAUCCAAGUGCAGAAGACAUGUUUAUCAAGAUUACUAAAUCCUAUGAGAUCCUGUCGAGUGAGGAUCGCAGAGCGAACUACGACCGAUUCGGCCAGACAGAUGAGAACCAACACCACAACCAGGGACCGCAUGGUUUCCACCACUUCCAUGACAGUUUUUACUUCGAUCAGUCGUUCUUUCGUUUCACACAGUCGACUCGAGAUUUCACUGACAGCAAGCACCUGCUUCAGUACGAGAAGUAUAUGAACGAAGUGGUGCCAGAUAGCUUCAAAAGGCCCUACCUGAUUAAGAUUACGUCAGAGUGGUGUUUCAGCUGCAUCCAUAUUGAGCCCGUCUGGAAGGAAACGGUUCAGGAUCUGGAGCCACUGGGUGUGGGAAUUGGUGUUGUGGAUUUCGGUUACGAGAAGCGGCUAGCUACUCAUCUCGGAGCCCGUGGCACCCCCUCCAUUCUGGCGCUCAUCAACGGCAGAGUGACCUUCUUCCACAGCGCUGUGUCCCGAGAGAACCUGAGGCACUUUGUGGAAAGCUUGCUGCCACAUAACCUAGUAGAGAAGGUGACAGAUGAUAACUACAUACAGUUUUUGAACGGUUGGCGAGAAGAGAACAAACCUAGAGUACUACUCUUUGACGCUGCUGCUUCAGCACCAUUCCUUUACAAGCUCUCUGCAUUUGCAUAUCGGGACUUUGUGCGGUUUGGGUACGUAGUUCAUAGUGAGGCCACGCGUAUCCAGCAGCAGUUCAGCAUCAACAUGUACGCUCCCACCAUGCUGCUGUUUAAAGAGAACACUGAGAAACCUGCAGACGCCAUACAGUCCAGGGGAAUGAAAAAGCAGACCAUUGAUGAGUUUGUCUCGAGCAACCGUUUCCUGCUAGUGCCACGACUGGUCAAUCAGAAGCUCUUUGACGAGCUGUGUCCAGUCAAACAGUUCCACCGCCGUCGGAAAUACUGUGUCUUGCUCAUCACUGGGGAGGAUGAGACGUUUGUGUCUGUGAAUGACGCCUUCUUUGACUUUGCCUCUUCUAACACUAAAGAGGUGGUGAGAUUCGCCUACGUCUAUCAGAAGCAGCAGCAGCCUCUCUGUGAUACGCUGCUCAAAAAGGAAGACAUGAGGCCUCCCCAGGUGAUCAUUCUGGAGAGGCGAAGCGCCGCAGGCAAGGUGCUGUACCGGACAGUGACAGGCGGCUGGAAUGGGAGUGACGACGAUAAGCACCGCCUCCACGAGCAGCUGGAGCUCCUGCAGAGAGACCCGAGCUUUCUCACCUAUGAUGCCAUGCUGCCUGAACUCAACAAUGAGCUCGCCUCAAUGUUUCUAAUUCGGUGGUUGAAUGCUGCCUAUGAUUACCUUUCUCAAGUCUACUUUGACCUUCUCUACUCAAACUGGCGAGAGGUGAUGCCCAUCGUAUCUCUGAUCUUCUCCGCUCUCUUCAUCCUGUUUGGCACCGUCAUCAUUCAGGCUUUCAGUGAUUCAGAGGAAAAAACAGCCAAACGGAAGGCUAAAGAAUCCCCAAAGACAGCAGGAAGCUCUUCAGAUACAGAAAACACAUCCAGCCGUCCUUCGAAGAAGAACUUUGUGGAGGUGACGGAGUUGACAGACAUGACCUACACCAGCAAUCUGGUGAAAUUAAAGCCGGGACACAUCAAUGUGGUGCUGGUGCUCACAGACGUGUCCAAACAGGUCCUACUGAAGAAGUUUGCCAAAGAAGUGUACUCGUUCUCAGGGUAUCAGACUCUUCACUACUCCUUUUUUAAUACUGACAAGCACAGUCGGUGGAUGGACUCACUCCUGCAGUUGGCGCCAUCUGCCAGGCUUUCAGAAGACGAGGAAGAAAAGGGCGCGUCCUCCUGUAAACCAGACUACACCGGCCACGUGCUGGCCCUUAAUGGCCAUAAAAAGUACUUUUGCCUGUUUAGACCUACGUUCACUGAGGACGAGGAUGACACUGUACAGCUCCAUCACAAGCUAGACCGGCUAAACCUAUGGAUGGAGAAGCUGACGGAGGGCACACUGCCCAGGCACCACGUUCCUGCCUGGCCUGACCUGCACACCACAACCCCUAAAAAAUAAAGAGGUGGGUUUGAAACCCCCGUGGGAAUCUCUUAAAUAUCAGGUCUGGACUCCACUGUAUGGCUUUUGUGUGUUGUUGAAAGCAGGAGUUGUUGAUGUUUGACUGGGAGUUGACCACAGGUACAGGUAUACAGGUCUGUGUAUAGUAUAUGAGGCUUGAUUAGAAAAUGUACUUACGCAGAACAUUAUUCUGGAUUAUGCACUGGCUGAGUUUUUCCCCGUGGCAGCACCAGGUACGUGCUUUUUGCUGCCAGCAGGGGUUGCACUACCAACCAUGUUAUUUUCACUGUGGGGAAAAAGUCUGUGGACUUAAUUUUAGCUGCUGAUUUAUGCUGUAGUCACAUUCACAGAUCGGUUCAUGCACAGACGAGAGAGGAAAAUCCUGUCAGAAUGAAAGCGCAUAUACUUAUAAUGACCGAGACUUGUUCUAGGAUCAGGUGCCACCUCUUUAUUUAUAGAGACAUGAGCUAUGUAACAAAAAAAGACCACUUUUUUGAAUAUAUUGGAAUGGCAGUACUGCACUGGCAAUAGUGCUGGAAAUUUUCAUUUUACCCACAAACGCUGUUUUAGAUCUAAAUCUAAAUGUAGAGUAUAUAAAUGAUCUGUCCAUUAUUUUCCUAACAACUUCAAUGUUGCUAAUAAUACACGGCUUGAUCAUCUUUUACUACUGAGUGCAUUAAUAAUUAAUAAGUGGCAGAAACCUCCAUCGUGUUUGUAGCAUCUUUAAUCCACAGCUGGUGAAAAGGCUGUGAUAGGUCAGUAACGGUUUUCAGCUGAUGAAUGCGCUUCUGAUUGAGCAAAACUAUAUAACCAAACAAAUCCUGUUCAAAGCACUAUUACUUCUCCAUUUAUGAGUGUGUGUGAUUGUGAAAUGUGUUUUCUUGCAUGAAAAAAGCCUCAUAGUUGCCAUGUUUUGCUUUGACUUCUAGCAUGUAGCAUCUUUCUUUAAAUGUCACCUCUUGGACCAUAUAAAACUUCUCACUUUUUCUCACUUUUACAUUUUCCCCCUGCUUAAAUCAUCAUCAUCCAAAAGUAAUUUAACACAAGUGUGUUGACAAGGUUACUUGUAGUGUAUCUACUGAUCCUCUUCUCAAAGGUAAAUUAAAAUUUUAGCAUCCUGACCUCAAAAAAUUUUGUUAGAUGUUAUUUAAAGGAAGAUAUUUAAUUUAUAAGAUGUUGCAUUGUUUGUUCCAUGUCUUAUUCAUAAUGUUUAACUUAAAUAAACUUUACACAAAGACUACAAAAUACAGGCU